AUGAUAACGAGUGGCCAGCAUCUACAUUAUAUCAACCACCACAACAAUAGCUCGCAACCGCUACCGAAAACUCUAAAACAUCGCAACAGCACCGCCUCAUCCUCAACAACCCCACCCAGCAUCAACCCAUCCACAAGCUAUAAGCUGAGAUACUUUAACCGCAAAUUCAGAGCAUUAUUACCAUUCCUAUUGCUUCUACUAUGUCUAUACAGAUCGCUAAAAAUAUAUCUCACAACAGAAUUAAACCAAUCACUAUUAGAACACUAUGCUCUAGUGCAACACAAACAGUCAGACUUUAACCCUAAAAAUAUCGCAUUGGAUGUAUACAACUAUGUCAUUGAACAACAAGAACAACAUCUGCAAAAACAACAGCAACAACAGCAACAGCAUCUGCAACAUCAACAACAGCAACAGCAACAGCAUGCAGUGGACUCAAAGUUGGGCAAUAGCGAAGGCAUCUUUUUUCACUGGGAUGACUGGGUCGACCUAAGCAGAGGCAACCAGCAGUUGACUCAAGCUCGAUUAUCAUCGCCAUCAGGAACACACUGCGACCCUAGUCUAGUCAAAUUCGGGGCAGUAAAUGCCCACUGGUUGGAAAGCUACGAGACAAAAAUUCAAAGAGGCGCCGUAAACUUGUACUGCUCAAAAGACAUCCCAGAAAGAGUUGUUGUAACUAUGGACUCAUCAAUGUUGGAAAUUCCCGUCAUUGGUAAAAAGAGGUUUGGAAGUCACAAAACAAAACCAACACAAACUGAUCAGUUGAUAUCCAAAAUGCAACAGUUUAACUAUACAAGCCCAUCACCGUUCAAUGUACAAAACUUUGAACUUUUGAAAAAAAGCCUUAUGGUGGAACCCGAGGAUUUCAUUUUUAAGCCAGACGUGGAAAUAUUUGCCCUCCAAGAAAAACUAAACAAUCAAACGAUCACCUCAAAGGAGUUGAAAUACCUUGAAUUUUUAGAAUACGCAAAUAACCACCUAGUUGACCACACAGAUAGAUACUUUAAAUAUGCAUGGAUAUAUACUGAUGUUUUACAAGGUAAUGCCCACCACAUUGCAUACCCCUUUUUCAGCAGGUAUAUCAGUGAUCGAGAAAGACAAAGUGUAUUGCACCACAUGGUUCGCGCAUGGUUCCAAUUUGCCGAGACUAAUAACUUCGCUAGCUGGAUCAAUUAUGGAAGCUUAUUGGGAUGGUCAUUCAAUGGGGUAAACAUGCCAUGGGACACGGAUAUUGACGUACAGAUGCCCAUUGCCCAGCUAGACCGUUUGGGAAGAGAGUUCAACAAGACAUUGAUUAUGGAGAAUCCAAGGUUUGGCAAUGCCAGAUACUGGUUGGAGGUAUCGCCCACCUACAUCCGCCAGGGUAAUGGACGUAACCACAUUGAUGCAAGGUUUAUCGAUAUCCACAGUGGGUUGUAUAUCGACAUUAGUGCAAUGUCACAUACUGAAGUGCCACCACCUACAAAGGACAGAACUGUUCCCGAUAACUUGUCAACAAUGUUGGUGCACUGUAAAAAUUGGAACUGGCAUACACUAGACGAGUUGCUACCAAUCAGACACACGUAUUUCGAGGGCGCUUCGGUUUAUAUCCCAAACAAGGUCAAUAGACUCUUGAAAAACAAGUAUGGGAAAGAUGCAUUGACCAAUUAUAAUUUCCACAAUCACAAUUACCAACUGGAUAUCUCUAUGUGGGUCAAUGAUGACAUCUGUAAGCGCGCACCAAAAUCACCACAAUCCAGAUUCAACAAAUGGCAUAGUCUCACUAGACAAGGUUCAUGCAACUCACGCAAGUUGCAAGAUGAGUACAAUAUAAUCCGGAAAUGCACUCAGCGACAUUAUGAGUUGAACCAGGACUUGGACCACCCAGUAUACUAUGAUAUCGAACUCACUGGCGAUUUGCCAAUAUUUAGGAAAGAUUCAUGGGACUACUACCACGAUAUAAGCAGCCAUGUUGUUCAAAAUGAUAACUGGUAUGUGGAAAAAAGUAUCAUUCGCUGA